UGCACAUCCUAUUCUAGCCUACUAACCUAGAAGACAUGGGAAAUAUACAGGAUUUCCGAGUUUUGAAAACGAAAGCACACCUGCUACUGUUCUCACGGGCACGACGAAGAGACACGAUUCAGCAUGGACAUUUUGAGAAGUAAUAAGACAUCCAUUCUGGAAACGUUGUGUGCAGACUACAGGCUAAUCCUCAACAAAGCUGAUCAGAAGAAGUUGAUAACUCGACGUGAGUACAACAAUUUGAAAAGCAUCAACAAACUACAUGAAGAGGGCCACGUUGUGGAGUUGGUGGAUAAGAUCAUGAACAAAGGAGAGGAGACCUGCUUAGCCUUCCUGAACCUCCUGCAAACUGAUGAGGAUAUCCAGGAGACUUACCCUGAGCUGAAGAACAUACUGAAGAAGGAAAACUGCCUCUUACCAUACCCGGUUCAGGCUUGUUCAGUUGACAACACCGAUAAUCAGCCACAAAGGCGAAAGGAGGACGGGCAGUACGAGUUGAACAGCCGGCCCACCGGCCUCUGCCUGAUCAUAAACAACGCACAUUUUGGGGAUGGUGGAGUGAGACAUGGAACCGAUAUAGAUGCUGAAAGCUUGGCAGAGGUGUUCAGCUGGCUGAGGUUCAGAGUGCUGAUGUGUAAAGACCAAACCAAGGACCAGAUGGAGCGAGCGCUGGUAUGCUUUGCUUCUCAGUGCAACUUCUCUCAGCUGCAGGAGUUCAAUGUCAAGGAGUGGACUUGCAGCGGAUUCACCGAUCUUCAAGAGGCUCCUCGGCAUGGCGAUGCCUUCAUCUGCUGUGUUCUGAGUCACGGAAACAAGGGUGUCGUAUUGGGGAUUGAUGGGCAGCCCCUCCCUAUCAAACAAAUAACGAGAACCUUCAUGGCAACUCCUCAAUCUCCCCUCACUGCCAAGCCCAAAGUGUUCCUGAUCCAGGCCUGCCAGGGACGGCAGAUACAUCCUGGGGUGUUAUUAAAAGGUCUGCAGGCUGAUGACUCUCACUCGACAUCCAUCCCUCAGGAAGCAGAUUUUCUAGUUCAUAGUGCCACUGUUGAAGAUUAUUAUGCUAUACGAAGCAAAACGGAGGGGAGCUGGUUCAUCCAAUCUGUCUGUAACCAGCUAAAAGUAGGCUGUCUGAGGAACGAAGAACUUGAAGUUAUCCUCCGUCGGGUGAACAAUGAAGUAGCCGGGAAAGAGGGCGGUGCGAUGCCUAGUGCAGUAAAGCAGAUGCCCGAAAUUAGGCACACCCUGAGGAAGGGUCUUGUGUUGACUCCAAAUCGCAACUGAAGCUUCAUCGCCAAAAAUAAUGCAAACACACUAUACACAAUGUCUUACUUAAAGUGGACCUAUCAUGCUAUAUUUAAAUGAUAUAUUGUAGGGCCAUACCUAUAUAAGGUAUAUUUAUACGUUUCUGUUUUCAAAA